AUGAUGGAGGGGACGGCGAAAAAUACCGACUAUUCGGAUUCCUUCGAGCCUAAGCAGCCAUUUCCUCCGCUAUUGGACGAGCUUGCGUCGCCAGAAGAGGCUCAGGAGAGCUAUGCCGAAGACGAAAGCGUCACCUCGCCCGGCUACGAUGAGAUCGAAGUAGAAGACGACGCGGAUUUCCAGUCGCACUAUUCACUUGACCCUCAAUCCUUCUCAGAUUCGGAUUCGGGUGACUCGGACGACGGUAUUGGACAACACCAUCCUUUCCACCAGUCAUCUAGCUCCCUCCAUGGCCCUAAUGCUUUUGCGCCUCCGUUCUACAACCGCCCACCGACACCGCUGCCCCCUUCGCCCUCGCUGACAUCUCUGCUACGGCCUCCCUUCUCCACGACUACCUCGCGUCCCACAACACCCGACAGCUCGGACGUCGAAACUCCCAACGACACCGAGGCCGCUGUAGCCAAGUCGGCCCGGCGCGCGACCACCGUUCCACGCGCUAGCCCCAAAGUUCCAACCUAUGAGUACUAUGGAUUUGUGCUAUACCUGGCAUCCUCGCUCGCAUUCUGUACGUCCCUCUUCCCCCAUGUGAUUGAAGGAUCCCGCCCUAAUCGCAUAUAUUUUCUAGUGAUCUAUCUCCUUUGGUCCUAUCUCCCCUCCCCGUUCCUUCACCAGCUUGGAAUCUACUACUACCCGAACCGCUGGUGGUCACUGGCCAUUCCAUCAUGGCUGGUGAUGUCCAUCGUGUACAUAUACAUUGCUCUCGCCUCAUACAACACCGGCUACCUAACACUCCCAAUGAACAGUAUCGAGAAUAUAGUGGACGAGGUUGCAAAUGUUGCUGUCAUUGAUGGCAAGGCACGGCGGCGACCGGGCGGGGCUACCAAGAUGAAACCCGGUGCGACAUCAUACCAAAUAAUGGGCCCACAGAAUCGCAAGGUCAAUUGGUGCGAGAUCUGGAGUGAGGGCACCGAUGCAGUCAUGGAUAUCCCCGUCGGCGGUGUCUGCGAGGUGCUCUAUGGCCAAGAACGGGUUGAAGAUGGCAUACCAGCAGUCGGCUCCCUCAAUUUGGAUUUAUAA